AUGAUUUUUCUUGUCUCUAUUUCAGACUACCCAUUACGUUCUCCGUCCAGCACCAACAUUCAUCCGAAUGCUCGAUGGCAACAGAAUGGUAUCACUGUGGCUGGAGGAAAUCGACGAGGCAAUGGAAUCAAUCAACUCUCUGAACCAUGGGGUUUGUAUGUUGAUGAUGAUCAAACUGUAUAUGUUGCUGAUACGUCGAAUCAUCGUAUUGUGGAAUGGAAAUGGGGUGCGACGAGUGGCCAAGUGGUUGCCGGUGGAAAUGGACAAGGAAGUGGGGCUCAUCAGUUAUCUAGCCCAUAUGAUGUGAUUGUCGACAAAGAGAGAGAUAGUCUCAUAAUCUGCGAUGGUUUGAAUAACAGAGUGAUUCGAUGGCCUCGUCGAAAUGGGACAAGUGGAGAAACGAUAUCUAUUGUGUGGGUUUGACAAUGGACGAGAAUGGAUCUCUCUAUGUCGCUGACUAUGGAGAAAAUGAAGUGAGACGAUAUCAAAGAGGAGAAUCUCAAGGAACAGUGGUUGCAGGUGGCAAUGGAAGUGGAAAUCGUCUCGAUCAACUCUCUGGCCCACAAUACGUAUUCGUCGAUCGAGAUCAUUCAGUGUACGUU